AUGUCCUCGGCGGGCAAGACAGCGCCGAAGCUCUUCCACGAUUUCCUCGCCUUCGAUCCCCUCAAAGUCCACAACAAUGCGAACAUCCUCACCGAUAUCCCUCCACCUGUUGGCGAAGGCCCUCAAAUCUCGCCUGGAAUAGGAUCAUGCAAGCACGACUACAGCACGAAAUGGAAGCAAAGCAUCUCCCCCGCCUUGGACGAAAGGCCGCAGCGAGGCAGUCAAUACAAGGCUGCGGUGGUGUGCAAGAAAUGCAGGUUGCAUGCAUACGUUCAAAUAGCAUACCUUGAUGAUGCUACGAAUCCAUGUACAAGAGCUGAGUUUCCGUUACAUCACUUCGUGCGGCGGCAGGAGGAGGAUGAGACCACGCAUAAUCGUAUUGUGUACGCAUGGGUGUGCUCGGCUCCAGAAUGUUGCGCGCAUCUAAAGGCAACAUAUCGACUGCCGAGGCUGGCACAGGCGGACGUCAAGCUACUCACCGAUCCUGCUUUGUUGCAGAGCAGAUUCGAUGCAACCUUCAGAGCGGAUCCUGCGAGGGAAGGUCUGAAGCUGGCAACGCCAAUGGAUGCGAUCGGCCGACUGCGGAGGUAUCUGAAGGAUGCCUUGAAUCCGGAGCAUACGAGGCGAACAUUUCCAGCCAACAAUAAGCGAUUUAUGGAAGCAUUCGGCGUGGAUGGACAAGACUGCGCAGAGUUGUUGAAUAAGCUGGGAUUUCGGUUCCAGCCCACAAGCGGAAGUGAGCUCGAUGGCACUGUUCAAGAUGCGACAUGGACGCUGCCAAAUCCAGCGGAAAUCGCCAGCCGUUUCCAAGCUGAUGGCGAGAGUCACCGCGAGGCUCUCGAGGAUGUUGACGCCGAGCUUGUAGCAUGGAUGUACGAGCUGGCUUCGCGACUGAGUGUCCCAAAUCCCGCCAGUGCUGAAGGUUGGCCUUCUGCAGAUCGUGAUAUCGAGCGGCUACUUGCAGCACAAGGACGUUAUCCUCGGCGUUUAUGCUUCUGUUUUCAAUCUCUGACUUCACCAAGGUACUUCGCAUCUCUCGGCGCGCAACCAGACUUUGCCGACGAGCUCGUGGUAUUCGCCUUUGACCGCCAAUUCGAGUGUGAUCCAUCGAAUGGUCCAUAUUAUCUUGAGUGUCUGCAGGUCAUCACAGCUGCGCGCGGCACCGAACAACUUCAACUCAAAGUCGCAACAUUAGAAUCCCAGGAUUUGAUCAGUCGACGAGAUCUGACAAACGCUUAUCGAUCGCUAAACUGCACACGCACCGAAUCCGACGAGCGCAUACUUGGCCUGUUCCAAGUCCGGCAAAGCGACACAGGACCAUCAGGACAGGAAGAUUUAAGGCAGGCGUUGUACAAAAUCGGCAUGUCGCGACAAAGUCAGAGGCUCAUCAACGCUUCACGCCAGACCAUUGAGACUUACGAAGAUGCUUUGCUUUGGAUCGGAAAUGGUGUUGACAAGAACACGGCUGACGAGAUGCUACUGGCGACAGCCGUGACUCAAGGUAACGAACAAACGAGCGGUACCGAAAUGGCGAAGAAAGCGAUCUCCAUCAUCGCAAAGGAGCGGAAGAGCAAUACUCUGAAUAACUGGCUUCUCGGAAGCGAUACAAACGGACAUUCGAUGGGUGUCGAAGAGGCACUACGGCAUCUGGGAGUUUCUGAAAGCUUCUCCACGCUCGACAAAGAGGUGUUGUCGACAGUCCUAGCAGCUGCGAGGACCGACCGACCCGGUGAACAGACUGAAAAGGCCGUUGCCGUACUCGAGCAGGCAAUGGCAUCCUGGACAACGCACUCCGCAGACACCUGGCCAGUGGGUCUGACUAGCCACGGCAACACUUGCUACCUCAACAGUCUGCUGCAAUACUACUUCAGCAUCAAGCCAUUGCGCGACAUCAUUCUCGAUUACGAUCGGUUCAAGCUGGAUACUGAACAGUACCUGGAGAAAGAUGAGCGUGUCGGACAGCGGAAGAUAUCCAUGGUGGAAAUCAAGGGAGGACAAAGAUUCGCUGAGGAUUUGAAGUUUCUGUUUGAGCGCAUGAUCAAGGAUCCACGAGAGCACUUCAAACCUGAGGAAGAUCUUGUUUGCCGAGCGUUCCUAGAGCCGAAGGAUUUCGCCUUGCUGGCAUCCAGCAUCAGAGAAGAGCAGGCUGCAUCGAAAGCCAAUGGGCCAAGUUUGGAGGCUGCCGUCGAUGAGAAGCUUUCGGAAGAUACCACCACGGCCGCGGCGCCCGCCGAGUCUCAGGGCUCUCGGCAGUCCGACGCUAGCAGUGUAACGCUCAUUGGAGAUGAGAUGGACCUCGAUUCACAAAAGCCGGAAGACGCUCCUCCACCACUUCCACCUCGAAGAUUCUCCACUGCAAAAGAGCAAGCCCUUGUCAUUGCACAACAGAACGCUAAGUCGCAGCAAGAUGUGACAGAGGUCCACGACGGUAUUAUGUUCCGACUACGGUCUGGGAUGAUGCCAAAGGGUGUCGAUGAAGGUGGUGAGCAGCAGGAUGACCUACGCGGCCUGUUCUCUAUCGGUCUAGCAGAGACAGCGGUGCUAAAAGGUGCGGAUGGCAAGCAGAAAGAGCUAUCGGAUUCGAGCAUUCAGCUCAACGUCCCUACCGAGCCUACCGAUAUCUACGCCGCUCUUGACGCUAUUUUCGACUUGCAGUCUAUCAACGAGAAUUCGGCCGGCGGCGCGAUCGAGACCUACAGAACCAUCCGGAGACUGCCACCUUUGCUGCAGAUCAACAUCCCACGCAUUGGUUUCAGCGAAGCACGAGGCGGCGCAUACAAAUCAGAAGUCACCGUCAAGCUCCAAGACGACCUGUAUUUGGACCGAUACACCGACCACAACCAAUCCGAAAUCCUCCCACGUCGCAAGGCCUGCUGGGGUUGGCGCAAGCAGCUGCAGCAAUUGCGACAAGAGCAGUGCGCCCUCAGCAAGACGCCCGUUGAUCUUGAUGGACCGUCGGCGGUAAAUGAGACAGCGAACUACCUCAACAUGGUCGGUGCAAUGGGCGAUGAACUCGAAGACAUCGGCGUUGGCCGCAUUGACGUCCCGAGCGAGCUUUCAUUCGCUCUGACCUGCGAUGCGGAAGAGCAAGGUAAUCGUCUCGGCCAGCUUCAGAAAGAGAUCGAAGAUCUGUCCAAGAAGCUGGAAGGUCAAUUCGAUGAAAUGAAAGAGAUCAAGUACUGCCUCGCAGCGGUGUUCAUCCAUCGCGGUACGCACGGGCAUGGUCACUACUGGAUCUACAUCAAGGACUUUGCCAAAGGCAUCUGGCGAAAGUACAACGAUGAGAAGGUGGAGGAGUACGCAAACGUCAGCGAAAUCCUGGAGGCCAAGACUUGGGAGCAUGGAACUCCGACAUACGCAGUCUAUGUGCAAGAUCAAGGCAAACUUGACAUCAUUCAGCCCGUGUGUCGAGCACCCGAAGCACUGCCUGCGCCUCCCGAACAAGCACCGGAGCAGGCACAGCUUCAGCCAACGACUUUCAAGGCUUCCGAACCGCGGAAGGAGGGAUUCCUGCGAGGAGACUCUCCUACUUUGGUUAAUGAAGGCGGAGACAAGACUUGGGACGGUCUACGGCAAGUCGGCGAUGCGCAGUGGUAG